UAACGGGCAGGGGUUCCAGCCAAUCAGAAUAUAGAUUUUAAGGUGUUAUGUAAAAAAAAAAAAAGAGUGGGUAAAGUGGGUAGAAGGGUGUAUGUCUACUCUACUGUACUGCGGCCAUUGUAAAGUUUUUUUCCUGCGCCUUAACCACACUGUCACCGCUUCUUGUAAGAUGCAUCCAGACCUGUCUCCGCACCUGCACACCGACGAAUGCAACGUGCUCAUUAAUCUGCUGAAGAAAUGUCACCUAGACAACAAAUUUAUGAAAUAUUUUGGACAGUGCAAUGAUUUUGACCGAGAGAUGAGAAAGUGCCUAAGGAAAGAGUAUGAGGACAACAGAUCGGAAAGCCGUGCAAGAUCAGAAAGGGUUAAAGAGAAGCUGUUAGAUGCCACUAAGGUGGAACUGUGACAGACGCCCCUCACUUGCCAAACAAUCAGUGAACUGCUAUACUGAAACCGCACCAAGAACGCUUUGUAUUUAUUGAACGGCCAAAAUAAAACUGCUUUCUUGGUUUUUUUUA